AUGUUUGAGCACUUCCGCCUCUUCUUCAUCUGUGUCUUUCAGAUCAACGUGUUCUUCUACACAAUUCCACUCCCCAUCAAGCUAAAAUCGCCAUCAUCUCCAUCUUCAAGUCCUCCAUCUUCAAGCCAUAUAGAGGGCGACAUCGCAGCCUGGAACCACCUCUACAGAUUCCUGAAGAAUAUCUUCCUGGUGCUGGUUGUGUUGUUGGCGUGCUCCGCGCUGUUCCCCGUCCUCUGGCACCUCUGGAUAUACGCGGGUAGUGCCAACUCCAACUUCUACUAUUCCAUCACGCUGCUCUUCAAUGUGGCACAGAUCUUGGUGGUGUCGGACUACUUCUACGUGUACCUGCGGCGAGAGCAUCACCUAACCCACGGCCAGUACCUGAAGAGGAAAGACGGUAGCGAAGCCACUCUGGUUCUCAAGUAGUGGACGACACACACACACACACACACACACACACACACACACACACACACACACACAGGGAUGGGACCGCUGCAUGACUGAAAGUGACUGAACAUUACCCCACACUUCGAGUUCUUAUUUCUGAGGUCUUAAAUAAACAGCCCAACCAACCCCUUGCCCCCACAUAGACCAGCCUUGGUGUUUCUGAAGGUCCCACUGGAGCAAACCUGAAGAAAUGAAGGAAGGAGCAGACAUGGAGGUUAAGUGGCUGUGGUGAAAGAUGUGCUACCUUUUGUCUGUUCUGUCGCUCCAAUGAGUAGGUGAGAUAUAUAUUUUAGCAUGUAGGUGAUUGGGUUGCUGGUCUGGGUUCUUUUGCUUUUUUUGGUCCUUUUUUCUGUAUUUACUUUCUUAUGCCCUUAGGACUCACUGUCACUCACAUUGAAAACAAGCAGAUGAAUUGUGCAGAUGUGAGCCUUUGGGCACAAAUGUAAACUAGACAGAUCUGCUCUUUUACCAGCAGAGGGCGUCAGUUGAAUAGGAAAACAACAGUGAUUUGUCAGUCUGUCUAUCAGCCAAUGUGUUUAUUUGGGCACGCAAAGGAAAACUUUUAAAAACAUUUUGCGUAAGAAAAUUGGUAUUUAGUAUUUUCCAAGUCACUAUUUGCAAGAGCAUAGGCAAAAGAUAUUGGGGAUAAGACACCCAUUUACUGGAGUGUGUCUUCUCUGAGAAAAAUGGAUUCUGAAUGGACAAUGAGAUAUGAUCUGGAAUCCUCUGAACUCUCGUGAUGCACUCUGCUUGGUGAAUGUGUUCCGUGUCAACUCGAAUGUUCAUGCAUGCCAUUUUUUUAUACAAAUUAGGGAUUUAUGUGUAUUUAUUUGUAUUUAUAGUAUUUAUUUAUUGCCAGCCCUGAUUUUUGUUCUAAUUUUUUUGCGUCAAUCAUUUGGUAAAUGGAUGAGUACUUAAGUUGUUUGGUAUGUUUAUGUAUUUUUUAUUUAUUUUUUACAUAAGACCAGGGUGACUUUGAAACAGAUAAUGUUUUAUUUGCUGAAUGAGUGGCUAUGAAUGAUGGCUACAGUACCGGUUGUAGUUUUUGGGGGGAUACAGAUACAGUGCCUUCAGAAAGUAUUCACAUCCCUUGACUUUUUCCAAAUUGUGUUGUUACAGCCUGAAUUUAAGAGUAAUUAAUUGUAGAUUUGUUUUGUCACCGGCUUAGACAUAAUACCCCAUAAUGUCAGUGGAAUUAUGUUUUUUGAAUUUUUUACAAAUUUAAAAUGGAAAGCUGAA